AUGACAAAGAAUAGGAGAAACAACAGUCGUGCCAAAAAGUGCCACCGCCACGUGCAGCCUACUCGCUGCACGAACUGUAUCCAGUUCGUGCCCAAAGACAAGGCAAUUAAGAAAUUUGUAAUUCAAAAUAUAGUAGAGGCAGCUGCUGUCAGGGACAUUUCUGAAGCGGGUGUCUUCGACAUAUACGUGCUUCCAAAGGUCUGUGUGAAACUGCACUACUGUGUUGGGAAAUCGUGCUUAUUGCUGCAGUUUACAGACAAGAGAUUUUCAGCUGUUCAUGAUCUUACUAUUGGUGUUGAGUUUGGUGCCCGAAUGGUAACUAUUGAUGGAAAACAGAUCAAACUUCAGAUAUGGGACACGGCAGGGCAAGAGUCCUUUCGCUCCAUCACAAGGUCAUAUUACAGAGGCGCAGCAGGUGCUGUCCUAGUAUAUGAUAUUACAAGGAGAGAUACAUUCAACCACUUGACAGCCUGGUUAGAAGAUGCCUGCCAACAUUCUAAUUCCAACAUGGUCAUUAUGCUGAUAGGAAAUAAAAGUGAUUUAGAAUCAAGAAGAGAGGUAAAAAAAGAAGAAGGUGAAGCUUUUGCACGAGAGCAUGGACUUAUCUUCAUGGAAACUUCAGCCAAGACUGCUUCCAAUGUAGAAGAGGCAUUUAUAAAUACGGCAAAAGAAAUUUAUGAAAAAAUCCAAGAAGGUGUUAUAGAUAUAAAUAAUGAGGCAACGGGCAUUAAAAUUGGCCCUCAGCAUGCUGCUACUAAUGCAAUACAGGUGGGCAGUCAGGGAGGCCAGCUAGCAAGGAGUGGCUGCUGCUGA